GUGCGUCGAGAUGAGUGCGUAGGUGUAGAUACGCGCUGCGUGUCGGCCAAUGCCCUUUUCUUUUCUCGUUUUGGCUUUUCUAUGUCGAACUUUUUGGACGGAAGGUAAGUGGACGUCUCGAGCUGAAGAGAUCCAAUGCCCAGCCAACCUUGUUGUCUUGGUACUGAGUUGGUGGCUACGCGGAGGUCCCGGUGAGUGUUCAGCGUUCUACGAAUGGUGCUUCGGCAGAGACGCGGCUACAGCUGUAGCUGCUGGGAAUGACAAGGAGGGAGGGAGAGAAGAGAGAAGCCUGGGAUGAAGCCGUCUUUUCAGCUGCAAUCGCUUGGCCCUUGACGCAACAAAAGUGCAAGUGCCUUGUUGCUGCUGCUGCUGCUGCUGCUGCUGCUGCUCUUGUCGUUGUCGUCGGCCUUUGCUUUCGAAGGGGAAACGAGGAAAUAUUACCCUGUUUGGUACGAAUCGCAGGUAUCGUAGCAGUAGUACUACUUCGUGCCCAAGAGCGUACUAGGUGGGUAGCUAAAAUAGGUGCCUAUGCUGAGCCGAGACGGCUUCGGGUUGGGUAUAUGCGGGAACCGAGACCUGCGGCAAUGCAAUGCAUGUGUUAGACAAUUUCUUCACUCAGGGAUCUUUUUUCUUCGCAAAAAU